GUGCGUCACGGUGUGAAAUAUUCAUUAUUCGUGGGAUCUCCACACCGCCACUCGACCAAUGGGCGACCUCUCACGGUGCGGCACGAGUCAGACAACCCGAGCGAGAGAGGAAAGCUGCAUCCACGAAAUGGACGCAUCGGAUGCAGCCAUGCACCGCCGUGCGCAUGGAUGUCUCGGACUGAUUUUUGCCUCACGCACUCCAAUGUCGUUCUCGAAUGUCAGUUCUGCGAUGCAUGCGCACGGAUUUCCUUGCAUGCUUGGCAAUCGUCUCCAAUCGCUGCGACCGACAAUGUUUCAGUUCAAGUGCCGCGAGCGUUCAUAAAAAAAAAAAACCGGCCCCCUCCUCCCGCCCCCUAAAAACAAAACAAAGAAAACAACGCAGAACCGGAGCACGAUAUGGAUGGGGGGAGUUGGGCUGCAAUGGCCGGGGACGGCGCAGCUAACAUGACGGCUGCUCCUCAUACCUGGCCGAGUGUCCUCAACUCCUCCAUCCCGCCGCCCGCCGAGGGGAUCGCGCUGGACGACGACCGGGACCGCCUGAUCCGGGAGCAAGCCUACCGCGACUUCACCACCGCCGUUCAGGUUCUCAUCCUCAUCGGGUCGCUCCUCGGGAAUGUCACCGUAUUAUGGUGCACCUGCUCCACAAACGUCUUCAAAUCCGUAACCAAUCGCUUCAUCAAAAACCUGGCUUGUACGGGAAUCUGCGCCGGACUGGCGUGCGUCCCCUUCGACGUGGCGCUGGGAUCCAGCCCUCACUGCUGCUGGUGGCUUCGCACCCUGUUGCUCUGCAAGACCGUCAAGUUCCUCCACAAACUCUUCUGCUCGGUCACCGUGCUCAAUUUCAGCGCCAUUGCACUAGACAGAUACUAUUCGGUGCUCUACCCACUGGAGAGGAAGAUCUCGGACGCGAGAUCCCGGGAUCUGGUCAUCUACAUUUGGCUCCACGCGGCGGCGGUGAGUCUCCCCGUGUUCGCCGUGACCAACGUCACCGACGUGUACGCCACGUCGUCCUGCUCCGAAGACCACGCCCGCUCGCUGGGGCACACGCUCUACGUGUUGAUCUACAACGUCACCACGGUCAUCGUCCCUCUGGCGCUGGUCUUCUUCUUCAUGCUGCUGAUCCGCAGAGCUCUCAGCGCCAGCCAGAAGAAAAAGGUGAUCAUCGCGGCCUUGCGGACGCCGCAGAACAGGAUCUCCAUCCCGUACGUGUCUCGGCGAGAGGCCGAGCUGCACGCCAGUCUCCUGGCAGUCGUGCUGGCUUUCUCCGCCUGCAGCGCCCCCUACGGCGCUUUGGUUGUCUAUCGCACGCUUUUGCUGGAGCCCAAAGAGCUGCCGGCGUCACUGUACCUCACCGCUUUAUGGCUCCCGAAAGUGUCCCUGCUCACCAAUCCGCUUUUGUUCCUGACUGUCAAUCGCUCGGCGCGCCACGGUUGCCUGGAACUGCUGUCCAGGAUCCACAGACGCUACAGUCGACGGAACACCGUCAGCACGGGGGGUCUGGCGUCUCUGGGCGGGGAGGCCGCCAUAGGAGAACCGGCGGGACGAGAGACAACGGGUCGCUCCGGAAGCCAACUUCUGGAGAUGUUCAACAUCGGCCAACAGCAUAUUUUCCGUGCCUCUCAGGAAGAAGAGGACAAUGUAGCAAACGAGAUCCCCCAUCACAAAUUAGAGGGGCCGAAAGAGGACCUCAAGAACGGGUCACGACCGAGAGACCUUCGGCCGCACGUUAUUCCAAAAAACGAUCUGUUGCACAGACACGGCGGGCUCACAAAAGAAGGCGUCGCCACGAUGACGCCGUCCCGCUCAUCUCCGGUCCACACGUGCGCUUACACUUCAUCGUCUCAGGUGGCGCCGGCGACGGAAACGAAAGACUCCCCCCAGUUCGGGUUCGGACCAUUUGAGCUUCCUCCUCAGUGGUUACCCGAGACGAGGAACAGCAAGAAGAGGUUGCUGCCACCGUUGGGCAACACACCCGAGGAGCUCAUCCAAACCAAGCUGGCCAAGCCGCGACCCGAAAGGCGAAUCAGCAGGAACAACAAGAUCAGCACCAUCGCUGCUGCGGACCCGUGAACGACGCGACUCGCAAAAAGUCGCUUGCGACAGAGAUGCGGACAGGCAACGUCAACAUCCUUGGAAACGUUUGCGUCAACGGUUAAAUGAAUAUCAACUGUCAAGCUGCGAGUGCAUUUUAGGUUCAUCCUGAUAUUUCAACAAACAUUUCUUGAGUAAGGUUUAUAACGCUAGGCUAACGCUAGGCUAACGCUACGCGGCGGAUCGAUGACCGGGUCUAUGCGGAACGCCUGCUUCCUUUCCGCCACGCCAAAACCCGUUUACAUUUUAUUUUUUUCCAGAUGAUGUUGAAAGCGCCACCGCUGUCAGGAACUCGAUAUGAAAUUUGCUUGUAUGUUUAUUUCGGCGUGAAGAAUAAGUUUGCUCCGUCAACUUAUACGAUCGUCUUGAAAUUCCGUCACGAGAAUCUAUUUUGAUGCUGAAUCAUUCAGCCUUUUUUUCUCAAACAUCUUAUUCUGACAAUGCGCUACGGUCGACGGAAGAUGUUUAAUGGUGUCGUUUAACGCUUGUUGUUAUGCGGUCGAUGUGCUCAUCGUUUGUACCGAAAACGUAUGCGGAUUGAAGAGAAAUGCCGACCUCAUCCAAAUACAGAUCAGAAAACAUCCCGUCGUCAA